AUGGAGUCGGAGGCUGAGCUCCAGGCCGGGGGAGAGGCUGCGUCGGCAUGCCCAGGUCGGUGCACCCUGUGUGGGCAUGGAGAUCAGACCCUGUCCCUGUUCUGCCUGGAUGAUCUGGUACCAGUGUGCAGUGUGUGUGGAGCUGAACACACACACACCGGCCACAGAGUUUAUCCUAUAGAGGAGGCUGUGCACGACUGCAAGGGGGAGCUGGAACGAUCAGUGAAUAUAUUACAGAAUAGAGCCUCAAAAUCUGACCUGAUCAAACACACCUGUGAAUCAGCCUUCAGCCACAACCAGUCUCAGGUACAGCAGACAGAAGAUCAGAUCAGGGCGGAGUUUGUGAGGCUCCAUCAGUUCCUCAGACAGGAGGAGGAAGACAGAAUCACUGCACUGAGAGAGGAGGAGGAGAAGAAGAGGAGGAAGAUGAAGGAGCGGUGUGGUAAAGUGGAAGAGAUGAUCCAGUUUAUUUCAGAAACUAUCAAAGAGGUAGAGAAAGAGAUAGAAGCAGAUGAUGAUGACUUCCAGAAGAGCUAUGAGAACACAGUCAAGAGAGUAUGGAAAUGUCAAAAGAAGCCACAGAAGGUCUUCAGGACGCUGAUAGGUGUUCCUGAACAUGUGGGGAACCUGAGAUUUAAAGUCUGGGAGAAGAUGAUGGAGAUAGUUCCAUACUUUCCAGUUACUCUGGACGAGAACUCUGCCUCCGCCUCCCUCACUGUCACACCUGGUCUCAAUCAGGUCCAGUAUGAAGAGAGGCAUCAGUCGUCCUGUCCCAGUGUUCCUGAGCGUUUUGACCCCUACGCUUGUGUCGUUGGUUCGGAGCUCAUUAGUCCUGGUCAACUAUUCUCGCUCUACUCCUGGGUGGUGGAGGUGACCCAAAGCACUAACUGGACUCUAGGCGUGGCCAAGGCGACCGUCAAGCGAAUGGAACUGUUCGAGGCGUGUCCGGAGGCGGGGUUUUGGACUGUAAGUCUACGAGAUGGCGAGUAUUAUGCGAUGACCUCACCUUGUGAGAGGCUGGAGCUGAACGGACUGAAACCUGGACGAAUCAGAGUGUGUUUGGACCUGAAGGCGGGGCGACUGAUGUUCACGAAUCAUGACAGCGAUACACACCUCUACACCUUCUCACACUCUUUUACUGAACCACUACUGCCCUACUUCGAGAGUAUCUGCCCCCGGGGACCCAUCACCAUUCUACCCCAGAGGAUCUCAGUGAUCAUAGAGAAACACAAGAUACCUGAUGAGGAUGAAAAAGAAGAAGAUGAGGAGGAGGUUAUUGAGGACAUUUCUAAUUCUAAUCAUGAAGAUUCACAAUAGAUUGCAUUUUAAAAUGUUAGUUUAGUUAAUAAUUUAAUACA